ACAGCCCUUACAUUCGCAGGUUAGUACGUUACUCGAUCUGUAAAGUGCGACUGUCAUCUUUAAGCUGUUUAAGUUUUUAACUCGUCAUUAUGAGAGAAAUUGUACAUUUGCAGGCGGGCCAGUGCGGUAACCAGAUUGGAGCCAAGUUUUGGGAGGUGAUAAGUGAUGAACAUGGCAUCGACCCGUCUGGGACAUACCACGGUGACAGCGACCUGCAACUGGAGCGAAUCAACGUUUACUACAACGAAGCAACAGGUGGAAAGUAUGUCCCCCGUGCAGUUCUUGUUGAUUUGGAGCCAGGAACAAUGGACUCUGUACGAUCUGGUCCAUUUGGUCAGAUUUUCAGACCAGACAACUUUGUUUUUGGCCAGAGUGGAGCAGGUAACAACUGGGCUAAAGGCCACUACACAGAAGGAGCUGAGCUAGUAGACUCUGUGCUGGAUGUGGUGAGGAAAGAGGCAGAGAGCUGUGACUGCCUACAGGGAUUUCAGCUCACACACUCUCUGGGAGGAGGCACAGGCUCUGGAAUGGGUACUCUACUAAUCAGCAAAAUCCGAGAGGAGUAUCCAGACCGUAUCAUGAACACUUUCAGCGUAGUGCCCUCACCUAAGGUGUCUGACACUGUGGUGGAGCCUUACAAUGCCACACUUUCCGUCCACCAGCUGGUUGAGAACACUGAUGAAACCUACUGCAUUGAUAAUGAGGCCCUGUAUGACAUCUGCUUUCGCACCCUGAAGCUCACUACACCAACAUAUGGUGACCUGAACCAUCUAGUCUCGGCCACCAUGAGCGGUGUGACCACCUGCCUCCGCUUCCCUGGUCAGCUCAAUGCAGAUCUGAGGAAACUGGCUGUGAACAUGGUGCCAUUUCCUCGAUUGCAUUUCUUCAUGCCAGGUUUUGCCCCCUUGACCAGCCGAGGCAGUCAGCAGUACAGGGCCUUGACUGUCCCUGAGCUCACACAGCAGAUGUUUGAUGCCAAGAAUAUGAUGGCGGCCUGCGACCCCCGCCAUGGCCGGUACCUCACGGUGGCUGCUAUUUUCCGAGGCCGCAUGUCCAUGAAGGAGGUGGAUGAGCAGAUGCUGAACGUGCAGAAUAAGAACAGCAGCUACUUUGUGGAGUGGAUCCCCAACAACGUCAAAACUGCUGUGUGCGACAUACCCCCUCGUGGCCUCAAAAUGUCCGCCACCUUCAUAGGAAACAGCACAGCCAUCCAGGAGCUGUUCAAACGCAUCUCCGAGCAGUUUACUGCUAUGUUCCGGCGCAAAGCUUUCCUUCACUGGUAUACUGGAGAGGGCAUGGACGAAAUGGAGUUCACAGAGGCGGAGAGCAACAUGAACGACCUGGUGUCUGAGUACCAGCAGUACCAGGAUGCCACUGCGGAGGAGGAAGGCGAGUUUGAAGAGGAGGAGGAAGAUGGUAUGGCUUAAAUGCCUACUUGAACGUUCCUUAACUAUGCAAAAGUUAAUGCUGUGGAAGCUAUGGUAAUAGUACGGAGAUGCCCAGCCUUGAUGAGCUGCUAUGCUUUUUUUCCAGCUUGAAUUUGAAAUAUAUUCUUCUUCUGUACUAAGUCUUUCUGCAUCAUUGUUUUAAACUCUUGUAGUGUUCUGUGUCUAACUUCAAAAUGCUGGAUUUUAUAUUUCCAAAGAUGUUACUUAAACUGUUAAAUUAUAUAACACAGUCAUGGUAUAUGCAUCAAAGGUCAAUUUCUUUGUACUAUUUUUACAUUGGAUACUUGCUGCUCACUUGUUUGAAUAAACUCAUUAAUCUG